AUGAACGCCCACGCCCUCCUCACAUCACAGGGCUGGCGCGGUAAAGGGCACAGUCUCCACCCGACCAGCGACGACACCGGCCUCAAACACCACUUGCUGAUCAAGCGCGAGGGAACCGACGGCGCCGGGCUCGGCUCCAAAAAAGAUCACAAGGCCGAGGCGUGGUGGAUGAACGCUUUCGAUCAGGCGCUUAAGGGCAUCGAUGUCACGAAGACGGGCGGAUGGAAACAGAAUGCGACGAGCGGAAAGUCGGACUUGGCCAAGAUCACCGCAAGAGGCUCCUCAAAGUAUACGGGAAGCCGAGGGCUGUACCAGAGUUUCGUGUUGGCUGGCACACUGGCUGGGACGCUGGGAAAUGGGGGACUAUUGACGCCGCCUGACAGCAGUGUUGGAACGCCGACACCUGUGGAACACGGGAAGAAGUCGGAGACUAAAGAGGAGAGGAGGGCUAGAAAGGAGGUCAAGAAGGCGAAAAAGGCGGAGGAUGCGGCGAGGGAAGAGGCCGAAGCGAAAGCUGCAGCAAGGGCAGCAAGGAAGACCGAGAAGAAGCGAGAAAAGAAGGCACUAAAAGCUGAGGAAACGAAAGAAGAGCGUAAGGCAAGGAGGGAAGCGAGGAGGGCUCGGAAAGAGGAUAAGAGACGACGGAAAGGUUGA